UCCAUUUGUUUAUCUUCAGUUUGGGUUCCCCAUUGCCUUAAUUGUUUCGUGAAUUCACACUUCUUGAUUGCCCUGGAAACUGGCAUUCUUCAGAAAACUAUUACAGGUCAAGAGACCAAAACGAUUGCAGGUUAAAGCCUGUUCUUUUGGAGGGAAAGAAAAAAAGAGAUCGUACAUAUGGAAAAUCCUGCAAGUCAGAAUGUAGCAACUUGCAAGCCCGUCACUACGUUUGUUCAAACUGACACCAACACCUUCAGAGAUGUCGUGCAACGGCUAACAGGUCCAUCAGAUAACAUUGCAGUGCCAGAAAUAACAGCGGUAAAACCACCAGCAGCAAAGAAGCCAACUUCGAAGCUCCAUGAAAGAAGACAGGUUAUGAGGCCAAAGUUAGAGAUUGUCAAGCCUCCUCCAAGUUUUAAAGCCAUUGGUGCAAUACUAUCGUCUAAAUCAGGUAAUACAAGCAUAUUAACAAGUCCUUUGGGCACCCCUUCUUCAUUGUUCUCCACCUUGUCCUUAAUGGAAGAGGAGAAAGCAGAAUCAGAUAUAUAUACACCAAACUCCGAAGAAGAGGAGAAAGCCAUUCGAGAAAGACGCUUUUACCUGCAUCCAUCACCGAGAUCUAAACCAGGGUAUACAGAACCAGAAUUGCUUCCAUUGUUCCCUCUUACAUCUCCAAAUUCCAGUGGGAAACUAUGACUUCACUAGAUUUCUCAUAGAUUUGUCCUCAGCCAGUAAUACCAAUAUGUGAAACUGACUUCCACUUUAUAUCAUUUGCAGAGGCCAAACUAGUUCACUAUUCUUUCACUCUUAAAUCUCUGUCUUGGUAAUAUUUCUGUAAUCUUCUUGUAGCCACAAAUGUAGUAGCAUAUGCAUCCUUUUCUGCAUAGAAUGAUAUGAGGAUAUUCUUACGACCA